CUAAAAAUGACCAAAACCCUAGACGCCACACUCUUAUCAACUCUUCGUAAGCUUCAGCUGCCACCACAGAGCUCAGUGUAGCGGCGGCGACGACAAUGGGUGCCUACACAUACGUGUCGGAGCUAUGGAAGAAGAAGCAAUCUGAUGUGAUGCGGUUCCUGCAGAGGGUCCGCUGUUGGGAGUAUCGCCAGCUUCCUGCUGUUGUGCGGGUCACACACCCGACCCGACCCGACAAGGCCCGCCGCCUUGGUUACAAGGCCAAGCAGGGCUAUGUUGUGUAUCGUGUGCGUGUUAGACGUGGUGGGAGGAAGAGGCCUGUGCCCAAGGGUAUUGUCUAUGGGAAGCCCACUAACCAGGGUGUUACUCAGCUCAAAUUCCAACGCAGCAAGCGUUCGGUUGCUGAGGAACGUGCAGGCCGUAAACUUGGUGGCCUCAGGGUUCUCAACUCUUACUGGAUUAAUGAGGAUUCUACUUACAAGUACUUUGAGGUGAUUCUGGUUGACCCGGCCCACACUACAAUUCGCAAUGAUCCUAGGAUCAACUGGAUUGCGAACCCAGUCCACAAACACAGGGAGCUUCGUGGGCUGACCUCGGCUGGAAAGAAAUACAGAGGUCUCAGGGGAAGAGGCCAUUUGCACCACAAAGCCCGACCUUCAAGAAGGGCCACCUGGAAGAGGAACCAGACCCUUUCCCUUCGUCGUUACCGUUAAUUUUUUUUCGUUUUUAAAAGAUUCUUGUUUUGUUGAGAUAAUGGGUUUAAUUAACCAUCUUUUGUUUCUGGUCUAGGAUAUCAUGAAGUCUUAUUCUAUGUUGUUUUCUUAUGUUACCUCGAGUCACUUUGUUGAAUGCCUUGGGAUUUUGAUUAUCUUGUGUUGGGAUUUUUUGUGCUGUUUUUUCGUUUAUGUUUGUGGAUUUUCAUAGUUAUGAAGUUGCUUUCUUACCUGAUUUUGAAGCUGUGAGUAUCUGAUUUCUAUCUCACCUUAGUUGGGUAUGAUACUGAUUGGGUUCAACUCAUUUGAUUUUUAGGUAUCACCCUUUAAUGUUGUUUAGGCUUUCUCGAGCAGAGAAUUCGGCCAUAUAGGUACUUGAGCUGUCAGAUUGUAG